GCGAGAUCUAGAUUCCAAGGUAACAUGCGGAGACAAGCCUCGCAGACAAUGGAACUACUGGGCGCAGAUUCGGUUGAGGCCACAUGGGAUGGCAGAAACACUACUGUACCUAACAUUAUACCAGCAGUUUUGGCGGCCGGUGCUGCAGCCACACUUGCAACUGAGGCUUGAGGCAUUCGUUGGUCCACCAGCCCCCGUUGCGGGUCAAGCGUUCUGUUUGCUCGGAAAUUUAUCAAUCCGGUCCCGUCCGGCUUGCGGAAAAUGUGAACAGCCGCUUUGGGGGCAACCAAUCGAACAUGAGCCAGGACAAGAUGGGGUUAGCCCGCCGCGUCCGCACCUUGGUACGAAAGUAGCACCGAUGUCCGUCAGCGGGAACAAUAAUAGGGAGAAGCCUUGGUUUUAGGGGCGAACCCCAGCCACCACUGCCUUGUUGUUAAAUCCACCAUCCGAAAAGGGCUACGUCAACGCCGGUCUGAAUUUAAGUGCUUACCCAUAGCAACCAUCCCAAGACUGCCUCUGGGACGAAAAUAGGAUCGUCGUUCGAAGCGUUUUGCUGAUGAUGGGUUUUUUGUGUUUGGUUUUUUAUUCUGGGAUGGCUGGCGUGUGUCAGCAAUGCACCGCAACACGAAGAACACCGCCACGUCAAUUCGCUGCUGGACACACCCAGACUGGUCAGGCAGGCAUUUAAUCGGCGUUGGCUUUGUUGUCCCUUUGACUUGUCAUGUCCAUGCAGCUCUGUGGCUUGUGAAAAAGGGGAAGGGUCCACAAGAAUAUCUAAAUCUGUAACGUGCACGUACCA